AUGUCGGCAGAGAAUUUAAACUCAAACCUACUUGUGAAGGGAUAUGUCGAGUACGCUUAUAACGAGUAUUUAAAUAUUACUACUGUUUCGGUAACCACAGACGAUAUGUUUAUGCCUGAACUUCAUUACCAAAACAAAAUGGCAUAUUACAGUGGAAAUACAACAAAACUAAUGAAAAGAGGUUGGGCCAGCAGUAUAACUUGGGCAAGCUACGAGUACUAUGAUGGAAAUCAAGACCUUUGGGACAAAUUUCCAAAAGAAGGUGACGAAUUUGAGUAUAUUGCCAGUGAAUUUGGAGAGUACGUAGGCACUAAUGUUGCUCAGAAAUACUGUGCCUGUUUUGGAGACUCUUCCACAGCUGGAUCAAGUGUGGCUCUACAUGGGGAGGUAUAUUUCGAUGCUUACGGAGGCCUUGACAGCGAUUGUGAUGCUAAUUUAUGUAAUACAUACUAA